AUGCGUUUCGUGGACAUUGUCAAGGAGUAUCUGUUCAAUUCGACCAUUCAUGGCGUUAAAUUCAUUGCCGACGAGUCGUAUCAUGUGGCGGAACGUGCCUUCUGGAUCGUCUGCGUGAUCGUGUCCUGGAUCGGCUCGGCCCUCCUAAUCGAAGCCUCCCUCGAAGCGUUCCGAACCAGCGCGAUCUCCUUCGUGGUGGAGACCAGCUACCGCGACUGGAACACCAAGUUCCCUGCGGUCGUGGUCUGCGAAAUGCGCAACAUGGAGCGGAUUCAAGCGGUCGCGGAUGACCUUUGGGGACCGGAUCAUGACUUUGCCAUGGAGGAGGUCCUCAAUGAGAUUAGCUACUUUAGGGGAGAGUCGUACCAUACGUUGAACGAGUGUGGUGGAGAGGACACGACGGAGAAUUGUUUUUUCAGUAACUUUUCGAGCUAUGCCCGGUUGGUGAGGAGUUCCUGCGAGGACACAUUGGAGGAGUGCUACUGGAAUGAUAAGCCGUUUGAUUGCUGCAAGUACUUUCAGCCGAUGGAGACAGAGUUGGGGCUGUGUUAUGCGGUCAAUUCGUUGCAAACAAGUGCGAAGAAUCCGCUGAAGAUCGAUAUGAUAUCGAACAAGUAUACCGGGCCGGGGAAGUUGAGGAUUUCGGUUUUGACAGAGGCAUUGAUUUACACCUUGGGUGAGGAGGAUGUUCCCAAUUUGAUCACUCCCAAGUCUGAGGUUUUGCUGAUUGAUUAUUACAUUUCGUACAAAAGACAAAUUUCCAUCAAGGACAUCGAAAAUGAUCCGGAAACGAAACAGGUUAGUGUGGAGCAACGAAAGUGUCGAUUUCCGGACGAGAACAUUCUGGACGUUCAUGCGUACUACAGCUACAGUGCAUGCUCUGUCCAGUGUAGAAAGGAUAAGCAACUUAAAACUUGCAACUGUACGAACCACUUGAUGCCGAAUUCAGACCCCGCUCAAAGAUGUGACAUGGCGGGCCUCGUCUGUCUGAACACCAACUACGAGGAGCUGACGAUCGUCAUCCCGAGCUGGUCCACCGGGAAGCGCGGGGUCGUGUGUGACUGCCUGCCGUCCUGCACCGAGGUGGACAUUGCGAUCGUGCACGAUUGGCGCGAAAGCAUUUUCAACCCGGAAAAGCGCUACUCGACGAUUGAGAUUGAACUGUCGGCGCUGCCAACGGAGCGGUACAAGCGGAAUGUGGUGCGCGGCCGGUUGGAUUUGGUUGUCUCGGUAGGUGGCACCACCGGUCUGUUCGUCGGCGCGAGUCUGCUUUCGUUCGUCGAGAUCAUCUACUACUUCACGAUCCGGCCCUACGGGACGGUCUUUAUGCGGAAAAUCCGAACCCGGCUGCACCAGCACCAGCACCAGUAA